CCUGGACGCGCUCGUGCUCUACGCGACGUCGAAACCCCAGCUGAGUGACUUUUAUUGUUGUUAUUCGGAGAACCCUCGCAGUUAUCGAGCUUGAGCAGUGUGAGCAGCAGUGAGGUGCGUAUUAUUACGAAGUGUCAUAAACCGGCUUCAACUUUUGGGAAAUUUUUCGUGUAAACAUGGACUGCAACAGUAUUUUCCGAAAGUAUUCGCGCUAUGUGCUGAUUAUUUUCAAUUUUCUGUUUGUGCUCACUGGUGUGAUUAUUUUGUCAGUCGGUGCUACAGUGAAAGCCUACUACCAUGAAUACAACAGGUUCCUCGACGACAAAUACAUCUACGCUUCCGACCUCCUGAUCGUAAUCGGAGUGAUUAUUUUCAUCAUCUCGUUCUUCGGCUGCUGCGGCGCCCUCAAAGAAAAUGCCUGCAUGACCCUAACAUUCUCCACCUUGCUCAUCGUCAUCUUCGUCCUAGAGGUGAUGGUGGGCAUCGGUGGCCUGGUGCUGAAGCACAAGACCGACGAAUUGAUCGAGAAUGCGUUGAACGAAACGAUGAAGGAAUACACGAAUAAUACUGAAGUAAAUGAGUUGUGGGACAACGUCCAGAGAAAUUUCAAUUGCUGCGGUAUCCACAACUACACCGACUGGGAAAAACCGAGUUCUCCUACACAUAAGUUGAUUCCGAUUUCUUGCUGCACUUUCGACGCUGGAAGUACCGGAAACGUAUCGUGCACUGAUGCUUCAUCGGGACUUCAUGCCCAAGGGUGUUUGGAUGCUUUUAGUGACUACAUUGAAGGUCAUGCUACUUCGAUUGAGAGCGUCGGGAUCACACUUGCCGUUAUUCAGCUUCUUGGUAUUAUUCUGUCGUGCUACUUAUCCAGGCAGAUCAAGAGUGACUACGAAACAGUUUAAUUUCGUAAUUUUUUUAGCAACUUCAAAUUGAUAAAAUGCUUGUUUGUUACAGUUGAAAAUUAGCAAUACUACUCCGUUGUAACUUUAAAGUAAACAUAGUUUAUUUACCUUUAUUAUUUCAUAUUGACUGUGUAUGAAUUUUUUUUUAAUAAAUGAAAUAAUACGUAGUUGUA